AACUCUCUAAUGAAGGGAAAACGCACAAAGAAAACAAAAAUGGCUGGCGACGAAUGUUUAGGGCAAACACUGAAUGUGUUAAAUGUUAUUUCCCGGAGCCCAGAGAACUUCUUAGAUGUUCAUAAAAAGAAUGCUGAAUGUUUAAAGGAAACUACGAAAAAGCUGUAUGAUUUGACUUUCCAAAAACUUCCUGUCAAAAAGGCUGUUUCUCAAUUAAUUGUGGACAGUUUUGAAAAUGAGCAAGUUUGGGAAGAACUUGAGUUGUACAACAGUGCAGUGAUAUCUGAAUUCAUCACUGAUUUGUCUCAUCUAAUUGCUGGGAAGGAGCGGAUAUCUUUUAAAACUUCUAAAUCAUUACUUGACAAGAAUGAUGACAGUGAUGACGAUGUUGAUGAUAGUAAUGGUGAUGAUGAAGCCUCGGAUGAUGCAGAAGAAAAAGAGGUAGAGGAAGAACCAUUGGCUGAAAAUUCAGAAGACAAAGAGGGUGAUGGUGAUGACAAUGAGGAUGAUGAUGAUGAUGAUGAUGAAAGUGACAAAGAACUGGAGAAGAUAAAGUCAAACUUGAAAAAAUAUGAACAACUUUCUGGAACUAAGCAAAUAGAUUCUGAUAUCGGUACUGAUUCUGAGGGUGAUCCCAAUGACUUGGCUACAGAAUUCCAGGAAGAUGUUUCAGAUGGGGAAGAUUCCAAAGACUCAGAACCAAACCAACAGGAUGAAGGUAAGCCAAAGAAGAAUAAAACUAAAUCAUCAGUUGUGGACGACAAUUUCUUCAAACUCUCUGAAAUGGAAACAUUUCUCAACCAACAAGAUGCUCUUGAAGCAAGGAAGAUGAAACAUGGUGAUAUGGCAGAAGAUGAAGAGGAUGAUAUUGAUGUCUUUCAAGACAUUGGAUCAGAUGAAGAGGAAAAUGUAAAAGAUUUGAAAUUCAAGGAUUUCUUUAGAGGUCCCACGGAAACACUUAAUCAAAAGAAAGUGAAGUUUGCUGAUAUUGAUGACAAUGAUGACCAAAAUGAUGAUGAAAACGAGAGUGAAGAAGGAGAAGACAUUUCAGAGAUUGUUGGUGGGCAGGCGAAUAAAUCUACAUUUGAACUACGGCAAGAGAGAUUGAAGAACAAAAUUGCUAAGCUUGAAAAAGCAAGUGUUUCUGAGAGUCCCUGGCAACUGAAAGGAGAAAUUGAUGCUACUGCCAGACCUGAAAAUAGUCUUCUAGAAGAACAUGUCCAGUUUGAUUCCACCUUGAAGUUACCACCUGAAGUCACUGAAGAAUCUACAAAGACCAUUGAAGACCUCAUUAUUCAAAGAAUCAAAGACCAAGCUUGGGAUGAUGUUGAACGAAAAUCCAAGGUAGCCGUGACACCAUUUGAAUACAAGAAAGCUGUUGUACUCAACCAGGAGAAGAGUAAAUUGAGUCUUGGAGAAAUCUAUGAGAGAGAAUUCCUUCAACAACAGCAGCCUGAAACAAAUGACAAGGAGAAAGGAGAAGACCCAUUACAUGAAGAAAUUGAUAAAAUGAUGAAUUCCCUUUUUCUGAAAUUAGACUCCCUGUCAAACUUCCACUUCACACCAAAGCUGGUAAGCUACAAAGAGAAAUCUCUCUCUUUUAUUCCUGUAUCAGUCAGUGACCUACAGCUGGCAGCGCCCAAAGAAUUAUUGGAACCUCUCCAAACGACCCUGAAGGGAAAAUCAGAGUUUUCAGCUGCUGACAAGAAACGUCAGCGGAAAAUGAAGAAAAAAUUGUACAAAUUGAAACAGAAAGAGAAAGAAAAGCAACAGAAAGCAACAGAAAGCUUGAAUCCAAAUUCAGAAAAGACUGCCAAAGCUGUAGCAUUAAGGAAACUGGAAAAACAGAGUAAAGGGAGCAAACGAAUAACAAUUCUGAAGACCAAAGAUAAGAAAAGGGUGAAUUCUUCAGCUGCAUUCUUCAGUCAACUCCAAAAUGAAGUCAGGUCCAAUGAUAUUUCAUCUAAACAUCCUGCCAAAAAGCAGAAAGUGAGCCACAAAUCUGCAAUAUCGUUAAAGCUGUAAAUUAAAUUGGUUCUAAGUUCCAAAUGUAAAUAAAACAUAAUGUUUUCAAA